AUGGAAGAAGAGAACCACACCUCUGUGACUGAGUUUGUUUUCCUGGGCCUCUCCCAGGAUCCACUGACACAAGUCCUGCUCUUCUUCCUCUUUCUGAUCAUCUACCUGCUGACUGUGCUGGGAAACCUGCUCAUCAUUGUGCUCAUUCACAUAGACUCCAGACUCCACACACCCAUGUACUUUUUUGCCAUGGGUGUGGGGAUCCUCCUAGCUCCUGUGUCCCUCAUCCUUGUCUCCUACUGGAAUAUCAUCUCCACUGUGAUCCGGAUGCAGUCUGGAGAGGGAAGGCUCAAGGUUUUCUCAACCUGUGGCUCCCAUCUCAUUGUUGUUGUGCUCUUCUACGGCUCAGCAAUCUUUGCCUACAUGAGACCGAACGCCAAGAAAAUGAGUGAAAGGGAUAAAGUGAUCUCUGUGUUUUACUCUGCAGUGACUCCCAUGCUGAACCCCAUCAUUUAUAGUCUGAGGAACAAAGAUGUCAAAGGAGCUCUCAGGAGAAUAACAGCAAGAUAG